AUGGAGAAGUCGGCUUUGACCCGACCAAACAACAGUGUGGUAGAGCAGAUGCAGCUGAAAACGACUCUACAAACGCUGGGUCGCCGCGUCGUAAAUAGAAGACAAACAGCAGCGCUCAUGACAUGUCUUGAAUAUUUGACAGAAAAUAUAUCAUUUUUCGGCCUAUUUCUCUCGUCUGGAAGCAUGGAUCACCUAGAACGAAUUUACCGGAAAAUAGAAUCAGGCAAAGACAAUCUUCUCGAAUAUUUGUAUGAAGUUUCGGCCCCAAGAGAGUGCGCGAUGGCUGUGCAUAGGUUUAUAAGGGCGUACAAAAUUUCCAUCUUGCCCGAGAGAGCACUAAAUGUUUUGUGUGCCCAAAACGACGGAAUCCCAAAUCGACUCAUUGCACUCGAUGUUCUGAAUCUCAUCCAGCAUGAAUCAUCCGGUGCAAAAUUAGAGUUCGCUCGAGCGUAUCUUCAAAUGAUGCAACAACUGACGCUUCGUGGUUAUCUCACCCCGAACGAGAUUCGUAUCAUUAUCAGCCCUUAUCUGGCCGUGCCAGCACUGUUCCCCGGUCGCAAUCCAAUGCAGAACAUUGCCGCAAAAUCCGCCACGCUGAUGGAGAUGUUUCUCAGUGUGCACCUAUUGGACGAUCCUGACGCACUUUCAACGGAACUUAAGCAGGAAACCCUUAGGAUGCAGCGGCGACGAAUGGCAGCUUCAGCCUAA